CGCGUUCCUCCUCUAUAAUGAUGGUCCCGAUGCGUAAGAAUCAUCCAGUGAAGAUCGAGCAGCCGCGACGAUCGCAUCACACUGAUCUAUUGAUCACGCAGGACGCGCACGUCUUUUGCCAACGAGGUGCUCCGUCAAGUCUUGAAAACGUCAGUAAAUAGUUCUCCGCGACCAUGGCCAGGGCAGUCUUGUUCACCUUGGCGAUCCUGAUCUGCGGCCAGGUGAUAUUCGCGCAACCCCUGUCGAUACAACGACUCUUACGAAAGUCCCCAAAAUCUGACACAUACUGGCAGACGCGACAACGAUUACUGCUGAAUGAACAACGACAAUCUCUAGGCGGUAAACUGGAACUCAAUCCCAUCGAGGCCAGGGCCAAUGAAGUCCUAAUGAGGGCCAAGAAUCAAGAAAUAAACGACGGUUUCACCAGCGGUGACAGCUUUUUACCGUCGCACAACUUCAUGGAAGUGAUAUCGAAGAUCGAGGAGUCCGAGGUGUUCAAGAUCCUACAUAACAUGCCCAAGGGCGCUCUUCUCCACGCUCACGAGACCGCCAUCGCCUCGCUCGAAUUUCGGUUUAAUUUGACUCAUCGCGAGAACUUGUACGUGUGCGACCAAAACAACACACUGGUACUCAAGUUUUUUAACAAGACCGAUGACGAUUGCGACUGGGAAUUACUGAACGAGGUGCGAAAAAAUACCACCCGGGCUAACGAUAUUAAUGACAGGAUUAAACAGUCCUUGACCAUGGUCGCGAAGAAUCCGAAAAUCCUUUACAAUACCGUUGACAAGGCCUGGGAGAAGUUUAACAGCAUCUUCAAGUUCAUGCAGUUCCUAUCGUACCGACCAGUCCUCGAAGAUCUCUACUAUCGCAAUCUCCAAGAGCUGUACGACGACAACGUGAUGUAUGCGGAGAUACGAGCGACGCUAUCGUCGAUGUACGAUCUCGACGGCAAUACCUAUGGACCACUGGAAAUAGUACAGAUUUACAAGGACGCCACCGAUAGGUUUGUAAAGGAUCAUCCUGAUUUCAUCGGCGCGAAGGUCAUAUACGCACCGCAGCGAAGCGUCAAUCAGGAACGAGCAGACUUCUACGUGAAGACGCUGACGCAGUUAAGACAACUCUAUCCGGAUUUCAUAGCUGGUUUCGACUUGGUUGGCCAGGAGGACAAGGGAAACCCCCUCACUGACUUUGCCGAUAAAUUGAACGCCGUUGAUCCGGGAAUUCCAUUCUUCUUCCAUGCCGGCGAGACCAACUGGAACGGAAUGAAGACCGACUUGAAUCUCUUUGACGCUUUCUUGCUUAACACCAAACGCAUCGGGCACGGAUACGCGUUAACGAAGCACCCGCUCCUGUGGAAGUUUGCGCAGCAGUUGGAUAUCGCGGUGGAGGUAUGUCCUAUCUCAAAUCAAGUUCUCGGUCUUGUGGAGGACAUACGGAAUCAUCCCGCAGCCAGUCUAUUCGCAUCGGGAUCGCCCGUGGUGGUCUCCAGCGAUGAUCCCGGACUCUGGGGCGCCAAGGGAUUGUCCUAUGACUUCUACGAGGCCUUCAUGGGUAUUAUGAGCGCAAAUUCAGAUCUCAGAAGUCUCAAGCAGCUGGCGUUAAAUUCUCUGAAAUAUAGCAGUAUGAGCAAACAAGAGAAAAAGAAUGCGCUGAGCCAAUGGCAGGUCAAGUGGGAUACCUUCGUAGCUAACUUGGCUGAAUCAUUUUAAUGACGACAGAGAUGCGGAAAGUGUCUCAUUUCUUUUCGUAUCGUUGACGUAUGUAAAAAUGAAGGGAUAUCUUCCAACAGAGCAAUAGAACGGUGCCAUAUAAUUCAAGUAUUUUCUGAACAUAAUAGACAAUAGACAAUAUUUUCAUCUAUUUUACAAUAUCUUGUGUUCUUCCACGUUUUUAGUGGAAUAUCACCAAAAGUGAGUAUCAUUUUGAAUUUAAGAAAUGCAUUUUAUUUUAUAGUACUCUUAUUAGGAUUUUAUAUGUGAAUUACGCUAUCUCAUUAUGUUUUUUAACGGUGCAUUUAAACGACGCACUGCGUGAAAAUGUUUAUAUAUUGUAAUAUGCGUUUAAUAGAUUAUUGUAAAGAUACGUGUUACUAUAAUGAUAGGUCCUUUGAAAAAAUACUGCACCGUAUCUUACGUUUUGUACAACAAGAUAUAAAGAUUUGCAAUAAAAUAUAAAUGUUAUUUUUUCAUUACAUAUAGUACAACAAGUUAAUUACAAAUAAUUUACUUGCUGCAGAAGAUUGUAGGACGUAUAAGGAGUCCUGCAAAUCUGCAAAAAUAAUCCAAGCUGCGGUGUUGCAUUAUUAUGAAACGUCCAAGAGACAUCUGCUUAUUAUCCGUUAUUAUUUAUAUUUAUAUUAAUUGCUACGCAAUUAGCUUCUGUCAUAGUUCGAAUGCAUAAAUAAUUGCCGCGAUAAUUUUUGUAUCUCAAAUGUCGCAGUACAUAAAGUAUAUGUAAAUUUAUUCCAUAGAAUAGCUUCAAAUAUUGAUGCAAAUACGUAGCUAGAUAUGAAAAUAAAGAUAUGAAAUACAAGAUGUACAAUUUCAACGGCAACACGCCCUUCUAAGAGUUGA